UGCAGCUUCCGCUCCCUUCCCCGAGACUCUUCACGGUACAGGAGGGAGAGCGAGCGCCCGAGCCAACAGGGGCUUCGAUCCGUACCAAACCAGGAAGUGGAAAAGGAAGCACCGCCGGAGGGUGCAACGGCGACCUGGCUUGGGGGGCGAGGGGGCUGCCCGAUCGCAGGGGCACACGAGUGCAGCCUCAGGCGCGCCAAAUCCCUCAAGUUUACCUUCGCUUCUCCCGACCUCCCCACCCCUCCCAAUGGCUUCUCCCGGGGACCCUCUGCCUGAAGCAAACACUUACAGCAGCACAGUUUGAGGGAGGAAUCUGGAAUCUUUCUUCCAGACAGAUCAGGCAAUGAAAGAGCCUGUAGAAGAUACAGACCCUAGCACUUUAUCCUCAGAAAAAUCACAAAAGUACCCUGUUCAAGAUACAGCACUACCAAAAGAUGAGGAAUACCAAACGGAAAAAGUGACGUUGGAAAUAGCAUCUGUUAACAUUAGGAGCCUAUCAUCAAAUUCGGGCCUCAUACAACAGCCAGAAGAAGAUGAUGACAGCCAAAGUAGUACUGGUGAUUCACCCACAGCUCUGAAGAAAUUAUGUACAGAAAAUGGCACCUGCUCCUUAUGUUUGUCUUGCCAACCAACCAUCAGUGACUUGCUCAAUGAUGAGGACUUGUUGUAUAUGAUGAGGAUAAAAUUGGAUCCAUCCCACCCUACUGUGAAAAAUUGGAGAAACUUUGCAAGCAAAUGGGGAAUGACCUACGACGAAUUGUGCUUCCUGGAACAGAAACAACAGAGUCCCACCUUGGAGUUUUUGCUACGGAAUAGUGACAGAACUGUGGAGCAGCUGAUUGAUCUUUGUAAAUUAUAUCAAAGAGCUGAUAUUGAGAAAAUGCUGCUGAAGUGGGUGGAAAAAGAAUGGCCAAAAAGAGGGCAUGGAACCUAUCAGAACAAUUUAUAGAUGAAAGAAAAUGGCCGAUUCACACAAUUUCUAUGGUAGAAAAUUGAGAAAGUAACAGAACUUGGUUCAAUUUGCCAGGUGUUUAUGUGUGUAGCUUUCCUUUGUUAGUGAAAGGAAACAUGUUCAUUUUUACAGCAUAAAAUGUUCACUAUAUCUGUGUACCUAGUCUUUGUAAUGACAGGGAUGAUUUUUAAAUACGAAUCAGUUCAAUGCCUUUUGUAGUUAACUUUAGAUCUGCUGAGUGCUGUUCAUAGGUUUUUUCCCCCAAGCAGCAAGAGAAAAAUUACAACCACCAAACAUUAUUUAGGGCUAGCUGCACAGUUCCUUCCAUCUAACAAACGUUGGACUUUCUUCUGUUCCCAUUUCCACUGAGAGAGGAAUUAAAGUGAGAGAGGAACAGUACUCAACUGCCAGGGCCUAUGCCACCCUUUCCCAGAUUGCCUCCUUUCACCACAAAGAGGAGAAAGCAAACCAGAACACAAUUGGGAUAUCCCCAUAUAAUUUCACCAAGCCUGACCACUCUAGUGGUGAGAUAAGAUAGAUGUGAACAGUUCCGAAAUAAGGCAUGUAUGUCUGAGUAACCCAACCUAGAAGCACCCAGGGCUGGCACCAGCGUUUGGCAUUGUUGGGCUUCGACCAAGAGCCCACCUCAGCCCUGUCAACCUCCAGAGCCCCAUGAGCCCUGCCACUGCUACCCUCCUUGCUGUUGCCUGUUCACCAGUUCUCUCUGAAUGAGCUAGCAGAGUCAGGAGUGAGGAGGAGGACCAAUACCAUCCACUCAACUCUCCCUCUCGUUAUGAUGUGUAUUGGACCCAGAGGGGCAGGGCAAAUUAAUGGCAAUGGCAACAGCAAUGGGAAGGAUGUGGGGCUUCUGAAGGCAUCUUGCCAGGAGUCCCUCAAAACCUGGAACAGACAGUGAGAGUACUUAAUGCUCUUGCCUUACGUUUGUGUCAAUACAGCUUCAGCUGCACUGCUGCAGUUAAAGGUCCUGGAUUGAGUGACACAGAAAAUUGUGUCAGCUUCCCUUUGCUGUUGCUUUUAAAAGCUGCAAUCAGCCAAGACAUUCCCUUGACUUAAGGUUGGCUCCCCCCGCCCCAUCUUCUGAGUAUUCAAUGUCAUUCAUAUCUUUCAAGUUCUGACAUGCUUAAUGAAAAUAAACCCUGAAUAUUUUAUGUUUGGAACACUCCAUGUUUCAAAUAGCUUGCUGUUUAGAUACUCUGCUCUGAUAAAUUAAUUUAGGGCAAGCAUUAUAAACAACAAAGUCAUUAAAUAAAUUUGUGUUAAAUAAAGAAACACCUUUAGGGUGCACAAUCCUGUACCGUUUGUAAAUUUAAAAAAUCAUAUAUUUAGUUCACAGAGAAUUAUCACGAGCUCAUACUUCUUGAUUGUUUCAGACUAUUUAACUUUGCUAGUCUCUCUGGUUUAGAUCUCUUAGCUGCUUUCAAUUAAAGUGGUUAGAUCUCAAAUAUGGCAAUAUAUUAAAAUAUUUUUGGAGUGAUUACAUUAAUUGGAAUUGCUCAUUCCCUGUGGCAAGUAGAAGAUUUGUUUCAACUUGUUUUCAGAGACAGUGAGAAUUAGUGUUAGAGCAGGCUGUUACAAAGCACUUACCUCUACAAUAUUAUCAUAACAAUUAUGAGAGAUCUAUUAGUAAACUUUACUAAAUGAUACUAUUGAAAUAUUCUUAGAAAUUAACUUUCAGAUUAAUUACAGUUGAUCAGCAGAGCGAAUAUGCAUUGGUUUAUAUAGCAUGACACAAUGGAGGGCAGAGGGCCAACUCAGAGGUAAAAGCCCAGACACUUUGAGUACAUUACAGUUCAUUACAUUUGCGAAGGGAAACACAGUAUAUGGGGGGGGGGAAUUGUUUGAUAUAUAUGUGAAUGGAAAAAAGGAUCAUUCGUUAUACAUAGGAAUCAGACAAGAAAAAACAUAGGAUCAAGUCUUUUAAAGAAUAAAGGGCCAAAACCAGGCUAUUGUUUUUUAAAAUGUUGAGUUAUAGCCCUAAGCAUGCAUGCUUAGAAGCAACUCUUAUUGAAUUCAGUGGGACUUACUUCCAAGUAAGUAUGCUUUUGAUUUGAAACAUAGUUUUCAGAAAUGGUGAGCUCUUGAAAAUUCUUUUGAAUAUCUGUCGGAGUCGGUGCUUCCAAAAGGAAAAAUAUUUAUUGAAGAGUUCAACUUUGAUGCUGUUCUGCUAAUUCAGUCGCACUUCAUUGUAAUACAGUGUUGCAGAUCGAGCAAGUUAGGAUGAAAUGUUGAUUGAAACCCAAGCCACCAGAGUAUUACUUCUAUUACUGUGUUUAUUACAUAAUAAUAAUAUGUUGAACUUUAAAAAAUUGCUAGAUUUUCUUACUGUAAUGGAUCUGUGUUCACAAAGUCUCAUCUGUAUGUAUCACCAGUUUUUGUUAUAUGUUUGUUAUAUACCUUGCAAUCCACUGUUAGUAGAAAAAAACAAAUCCUGUUUUUUAUUAGAUUUUCA